AAUAUAUCAUCUGUUUUUAUGGCAACAUUUCUUCAUUUCCCUCCCCUAAAAACCCUGGUCCAUAGACAAUAGGAGAAACUACUAUGUAUUGUUAGAAAUGUAAAUAAUUCUUUUUUAUUUAAUUUCAACUUCUUUGAAAUAAGUUCUUAUCUAAGUCUUAUAGGUGACCCAGAUGGAAUAACAUGGACAAAGAGAAUUAUACAGCAGUGACUGAAUUUUUUCUGAUUGGACUUUCUCAUUACCCAAGUCUCCAGAUAUCUCUUUAUGCUCUCUGCCUAGUCAUGUAUCUGGUGAUCAUAUUAGGAAACAGCAUCCUCAUUAUAAUCAGCAUCCAGGAUCCCCGUCUUCACACACCCAUGUACUUUUUCCUCGGGAAUCUUUCCUUCCUGGAUAUCUGUUACACAUCCUCCUCUAUUCCUCCAAUGCUAGUAAAUUUCAUGUCUGUAAGGAAAUCCAUUUCCUUCACUGGAUGUGCAUUGCAGAUGGUGAUUUCUCUAGGAAUGGGGUGCACAGAAUGUGUGCUUCUGGCUGUGAUGGCUUUUGACAGGUAUGUUGCUAUCUGUAAUCCCUUGAGGUAUACCAUCAUCAUGAAUAAAGGACUUUGUGUCCAGAUGGCAACUUGGACCUGGGCAUCAGGCUUUCUGUAUUCUCUGCUACUCACUCUGCUGGCUAUGAUGAGACCUUUCUGUAACAACAUCAUUGACCAUCUUACCUGUGAGAUCCUGGCUCUUCUCAAACUUAUUUGUGGAGACAUCUCCCUCAAUGUGUUUGUCAUGACAGUUGGGAAUUUCUUUUUUUUAGUCUUCCCUUUGCUCCUCAUUUUCUUCUCCUAUGUCUUCAUCCUCUCCACUAUCCUGAGGAUCAACUCCAGUGAAGGGAGAAAGAAAGCCUUUUCUACCUGCUCAGCCCAUCUUACUGUGGUGAUCUUGUUCUAUGGUUCAGCCCUUUUCAUGUACAUGAAGCCCCAGUCAAAGGAUACUAAGACUUCUGAUGAACUCAUUGGGCUCAGUUACUGGGUAGUGACCCCCAUGCUGAACCCUAUCAUUUAUAGCCUGAGGAACAAUGAUGUAAAACAGGGUGUAGAGAAAGUCCUUAUGAAAAAUCUGUAUUUGAGGAGAAAGUAAAAUGAUUUUUAUCUUCGUA